AUGUCUACAAGUACUGCGGCUCACAUUGUUAACCUCCCGACGGAAAUCUUUUUCAAGAUCCUUAGAGAAUUAGACAACAGUGGCGAGCAGCAGGGUCUGGAGCCGGGUUAUAGUUACCCCAAGGCCACGGCCUUGGGACGUCCCGACACCCCGGCGGAUCCGAACAGAAAGCCUGCCCGUAGAUUUGAUGCCAUUUCGAGAUGCUGCAAGAAGUUGAGGGUUCUUAGUUCCCCGUUUCUUUUCCGAUAUCUAAGGGUCAACGUAUCCGAUGAACAGAUUGCGAUUAUCCUGUUCCGGACUUAUAUAAACUCUAACUGGAUUUUCCAAUAUACCAAAAGGCUGCACUUCGUCGUGGAUAUUCGGGCAAUUAUUAUGGCGAAGUUGCCGACGUCUGUAAUGGUACCGAACUUGAAUGUCCUCAUAAAUUUGAUUGCAACGUUCUUCCAAUACACAGGGAGAGUUGAAGAACUGCACUUCAUAGUAAAAUCGGAGAUUGUUAGCAAUGGUAUACGCCGAAUCUUCAGGUGGCGCCGACAGCAAAUCGAAAACUCGCUCUGUAACGUGAGAUCUCUGAAAUUUAGCGCUGGGAGCGAGUGGGUUAUCCGCUUUUGUGGCGGCUAUUCCGGUUUACAGGAGCUCGAGAACUCGCCCGGAUUAUCUGGUCGGGUGUACGUUCCGUAUUCCAUCGAUUUUGCAGGGGAAUCUUCGCAAUUUUUUGUGCCGCCGGGGAAUUCGUCACACCCGCAUUAUUAUAAGUCGGUUUUGAGCCAUGUUGGAGAGUACAAGGCUGCCAUUAUUAUGGAGGGGAUCUUUGCUUUGCGCAGGGGCCCGGAAACCUUGACGAAAGUGACCAUAUACGGAAAGUUCACUACAAGUGGGCUAGAUGUUUUUAUCAAGUUUAUACCCUUUGUUUCGUACCUGACGAUCAUUGGAGGGGCAAUUCAGCCGAACCACGCUCAUAUCCUAAGCCAGCUUCCAAACCUCACGCUUUUGAAUUUUGAAGGUGGACUAGGAUGCCCUCGUGAAACCUUUGAAAGUUGUCCUGAGGAUAUUACCACUCUUUGGCAUUUUGGUAGGUGUAUUAGAACCUUACAACAAAUGUGGAUUGAGGGCAGAUUCGUUGGCGAAAUUGUUCGAGAUACUCGAGGUGAUGUUUUCCCUAACCAUAUGAUAUGGAGAGAUACUUUGGUGAGGUGUGAUAUCCUGAACUCGGGUUCUGGGGAUGUAGAGAUGGGCGGAGGCUAG